AUGGGUAGCGUACCCUCGUUGCCGGAGUCGGGUGAGGAUACGAUCGUUGAUGAACAAGCAGCGACUGAUGGGCACAUAACUGCAAGCCAGAAUCUCGAGGAGUACGCCCAAGCCUUUCGUGCUGCGUGCACUGCAAGGAAGACUUUGGCAGUAAAACUGCUUUACUGUGAUGGGAAGCAGGAAGCAGCAGCCCCACGCCUGCUGAGUGCCGAAGAUGUCAAUGCCAUGAUGCGUGUUAAGUACACCGGUGCAGCUUUCAAACACAACCUCAAGAUGGCUCGUGAGCACAUCAGUCGUGACGCAGCUAUAGCAAAGGCGUCGGCUGUGGCAAUUACCUUGGCUGCAGAGUUGGGUUAUGCCAACAAUGCCCUGGUGAUUGACAGGUCGAAUGUGAAUUCUGAUGCACAUUCCGGCAUUCGCAAUGACACGCCGCUGAGCCGCUAG